AAUAGUAUAAAAACCCCUUAAAUAUUAUGUUUAUAUAAAAGUCCUGUGAUUAAAGAAGGAAAACAUAAAAUAAACAAAAUAUGGCUGUAUCAAAUGCUAUGUUUCUAUUUGAGGUAGUGGUAGAAAGUGUAAAGAGUUUGGUCGAAAGUCGCAAUCUCGUAAUAAGAAGCGACUUUGCUGAUGUGUUUUCUCUAGAAUUAAAAGAUCCUAAACAAAUGCACAUAGUAAUGCCUGAGCCACCUCCCUUACCGCCGGAGCCACCUGGUAAGAAAAAGGCAAAGAAACCUCCAAAACCAAAGCCAGGAAAGAAAGGCGCUAUCGAAUUGCCACCUCCCGAACCAGUAAUACAAUCUGGCCAGUCAGUCUUGUUUUCUAGCAGUGCAGAAUUUCUUAUCCAAACCAUGAAAAAGUUCCCAAUGGAAGUUUCACUUUGGAGCAAAGAAGAUAAUUUGGUAUUCAUAGGAUCUACUUUUAUACCUUGGGAUCCUAUGUUUUUGUCGUAUCUGGAGAAAAUAGCAGAUUUUCAAGUGAUACCGCCAGUGACAUUAAAUGAAGAGUAUAAUAUAUUUGAAGAAGGCACUGCUAAACCAAUGGCUAAGUUGGGAAUACAAAUUAAAUUAUCUUAUUUAACUGAUAAAGUGACUACAUCGUUUCGCACAUUAUCGGAAGAUCCUACAAUAAAAAAAUAUUUAUACACUGGCAUCAAUUCUAAAACGACAUCUUACAUAUGCACAAUGAAAACUACUGAUGAAGAUUUUGUAGAAAACUGUAAUAAGAUAGAAAACAACUACGUCGUAGAUAAACCUAAACCGAAAGCAAUGAUUUUUGCAGAUUAUAAAAACGCUCCUGGUGCGAAUCUAACAUUCUUUAAUGAAGGAGACUACUGUUGUAUGGGUAACGCUGACAAACCCCCAGAAUCAAUAUACAAAGCUCCAGAAACUGCUCCUGACAUUGAUCGAAUAAUAGAUUACAUUAGGAAGAUCGUAAUAUCUUGCAAUGACAAUAUGAGAAUGUUAACACCCCGUCCAACGAUAAAACCGAGGGUGAAGGCGACUGAUAUUGACAAAUUAUGCUACUGCAAAGAGACCUCAUGGCCUUCGGGCAAAUUAGCUGAAAGAUUUAGAAAUGAAGUCCAAUCUGGACCAUGUCCUAUAUGUAGGGGCGAUAGGAAUACUGCAAGCAGACCUGGAGCUACUUUCGAUAUUGCUAAUAUAAGAGGUCCAUGUGGUAGACCAGAUUGUAGAAUAGCUAGAGAAAUCAGAGCAUAUAUUGAAAAUCUUGUCGAGGAAGAUAAUACAGAAAUUGAUAUUGGUGAAAUUGUUGGACCUUGUGGAAGUAAAGCUUGUACUCUAGCCGAAAAAAUUAAUGAGUUUAUUAGACACGAAGGUGUCUUCAGUCAGGGUUCUAACUUAGAAGGUUUGUCUACUCAAUGUGCUUGCAUGAAGCAAAUGCAAGAUGCACUAGAAAAGAAAAAUUCUUGCGAUUCUGUAUGUGAAAAGAAAUGCGACGAUAGCACAAGUGACAGUUUUUGUGGAGGAAAGACAUGUCCUUUUGGGAAAUCAAAUAAAAAUCAGGUAUAUAACGUAUUUUAUUUUACCGUCGAACAUGACUUUGAAAAAGAGUCAGGAGGAAGCAGUACUCCUGUCACGGGAUCGUCUAAAUACAAAUAUUGUUCGACGGAAUGUCCCAGCGUAAAAACGUCGGAGAAAACAUCGUGUUCUAAAACCGCUUGUUCUACGUCUCUGACUGACAAACAAGAAUUUGCAGAGUCAAAGUGUCAAAUGCCUGUAUGUCCUGAUAAAAGCGCUACAUCUCCUCCGAGUCCCGCUGACAGCGAUAUAGUCAUAGAUUUUACCGGUAUCCAUAAUCCUUGUUGCGUGAAGUCAUGUGAUAUUGCGGAGCGAGUGAAAGACUUUAUAGUUGACGGAGUGAUGAGCAAGAAACGCAAGACUAUGGACACCGAAGACCCUUGCUAUUGCGACUGCGUAUGUUCAUUUAAAUUUUCGAACAAAACAACUUAUUGUGCUGUUUGCGGUGGAUACGAGUGUAUGGGGGAUGAUAUGAAAGAUCAGCCUGAAUAUGCCAAGCCUCAUCCUUGUCCCGUAUACCACAAAUUGUAUGAUAAAAAAUACAUUAAAGUUCCUAGUCCUUGGCCUGAAGAGGAUAAGCAGAAAAAAGCUCCGGAUACUGUAAGUACUAAGAGUGCAAGGACUGUUGGUUCUCGAUCUGGGCAUUCUGACCGAAAGUUGGCUAGCUCUCGUUCUAUGAAAGGGUUGUCCGAAAAAAAAGAGGUUGAGGAAAAAACUAAGAAAGUAAAACAGGAAAAGAAAAAGGUCGGAAAAUUUACUGCAAACGUGCAAGAAGAGCCGCAAGCCAUCGUAGAAAAGAAACCAGAAACGAAAUAUCCGUAUCCUGCUGUACCUAAGCACAUGGGUUGGAACUGGACUGCUGAAGACAUACCAGGGAUGAAGCCCCGUCCGAAAUGGAAACCGGGCGCUGCUAAUAAAAUUCUUGUAAGAAGAUACCGCGCCAUGAGAGAGGGAGUUGAUACAAUAGCAAAGAAAAAACGAGCUAUGUUGCAAAGGAAGAAGAAAGUAGAGACAAAACCUACGCUUGUAGUAAAGAAACAAGAUGGAGAAUACACAGUCCAAAUGGAGGUAUUCAAGAAAUAUUCAAAAGAGAGAUUGCUGUUUCAAUAUCCAUAUGAUGAACAGCCGCCCAUAGUUUACACUAUAGGAAAAACUCCAGAAGAGAAAUAUAAAAUACAGAAGCUACGUGAGAGAAGAGAACGGAGAGAAACACGAAGGAAGUGCAGAUUGCUACAAUCAUCAUUUAAAGACAAAUGUCAAGAGAUUUGUUUAAAAGCGUACAAUCAAGCAAUAGGAUUGCUCCCUACACCAAAUCCUAACGAUCCUGAAUGUCCAUGCUCUGCACAGCCAGCUCAAAAUUUGUCACCUGCCAUAGAAUCUUGCUCAUGUUCUGAAGAAGGAAGUAUUUCAAGUAGCGAUACUGAUGGUGACGAAUGGGUAAUUGAAUUCAGUCCUCCAGCAUCUAAAUGGGAUUCUAAAGCUAAACAUCCGCCAGUGUUAACAGAUAAUGACUGCCAAUACAACUAUUUAGAUUAUAAAGUCAAACUAUUGGACAAACACGGCAAUCCUGUGCCAAGGUAUUUUAAAGGUCCUGAUGGUAAACAGGAAUGCAGUGAUUUGGGUGGAUUUUGGGGACCUAAUCACGUAUGGAUGGAGAUUAAUAAAGACGGAUAUAUCGGCGUGGAUAACCGCUGGGUGCCAAUGAGUUUCACCGGCCCAGAUGGCAUGAUUUAUACCGCUGAUGAAGGAUCAUUCACUGACAGCGGCGGGCAUCUUCUUAAGAUUGGAAUAGAUGGUUAUAUCGAUAAGGAAGGUAAGUGGGCAUGGUAUUCUAAGAGAGGUAGGCCGAGAAGUGAUAAGUCCAAAUCGACGUGUACCACAUCCAUAAUAAAUAAGAAAGAUGUAAAACCGUCGAAACCAGAACCUCCGGGGAAAGGAGCACAGGAUGUGAAGGGCAAGGUAACCCCUGCUAAAGGCGAUGACAAAAAGAACCCUUUGGCACCCCAAGGUAAAGGGAAAGAUACUAAAGUGAAUAAGACCGUAUCACACGCUUCUGACAAAGGUAAAACUCCACUCGUUAUGAGUAUCUCCGUCGAUUAUGAUAGAAGUCACAUACAACAUUCAGCUGGAGGCCGUAAAAAAAGCGUUGACUCGAAAAAACUGGCUAAGUAUAAAGAGAUUAUGCAAGGUCUUAAGUUAUAUGAUGAUUUGUGCGAGCUAAAGGUGCCAGCUAAGACUAAUAGGGCAUCGAACACACAUAGAAAGAAGAUUUCGCCGUUCACUAUUUUCGAGGGUCCAAACAAGCCACCGAUUAACAUUGUUAAUUCUCCAAUUGAUAGAACUCCCACGUCUUCAACUAGAAGUGCGAUAAAUAAAAUAUAGAGAAUACAUGUUUU